AGAGAACCUUGUGGGGACAGCGCUGGCAGACCUGGUUCAACAUGAGUCUGAACACCCUGAGUCAGGUCUACAGCCGGGGCGAGGGGUUUCACAUUAUCCAGACGAUGUUCGGCUGUGAUCUCCGGGAAGACAACACCGUUCGGGGGUUUUACCAGGAUUCAUACGAUGGAAGAGACUUUCUUACUUUCGAUAAGGAGACCAUGACAUGGGUAGCAGCAGAUAUUGGGGCUCAGAUCACCAAGAGGAGAUGGGAUGCUGAAAUAAAUGACAACCAGGGAUGGAAACACUACUUGGAGGAGACAUGUAUUUCCUGGCUAAGGAAUUCCCUAGAGUAUGGGAAGGAGACUCUGCAGAGGAAAGUGCGCCCAACAGCUAGAGUGAGUGACAGGUCAUCUCAUGACGGCCUCACCACCCUCUCCUGUACGAUCAGUGGGUUCUACCCCCGGGACAUCACCGUGACCUGGCUGAAAAAUGGGGAGAGCAGACAGCAGGAGACCUACUCUGAAGGCAUCCUACCCAGUGGGGAUGGGACCUACCAGACCUGGGUGACAAUGGAGAUUGAUCCCAAGAUCAAAGCCCAUUAUUCAUGUCAUGUGGAGCAUGAAAGCCUGUUAGAGCCAUUCUCUGUCCCCUGGGAACCAAAUAACAGUCUGAUUCCCGUUCUGGCUGGAGUUAUCAGUGCAGUUGUCCUGAUUGGUGGUAUAAUCGGAGUAGUCGUCUGGAAAAAUAAAUGCCCAGGGAGGAAGGGAGAUGGCUACGCUGUAGCUCAGGUAAAUGACCAAGGAUCUAGUGGCUCUAAUGUGGCUGCUAAGGCGUAACAGAGCCUGUUGGGAGUCUGUGCCACAAGUGAGGGGAUCCCAGAAAGGAAGACCCAGGAUACCGGACGAGAGCUUUCCAGCAAGUUGGAAGAAGAUAUAAAAGGGGAAAGGAACACACAUAACUGAUCUCACUUUCCCCACAAUGCCACACCUAGAAGAACUGGAGGAAAAAGACUGAGCUGGGGGGGAGUUCCUGGUCUGAGGCAGGAAAGCAGGAAGCCUGCCUCUGUAUGCAAAAGCUAACCUGCGUGUACUGAGUAAGACACUGCUUGAUACAAAUCCUGUCUAUUGUAUAAAAUUUAGCUUGUAAUUUUCUUUAUUUGCUAGGUCAUGUACUUUGGUCUGUUUGCGAUCUCUUAUAAUCACUUAAAAUCUAUCUUUC